GAGCGCAUGCUCAGAAUGUUCCAGCGUGACACGCGUGUGGAGGAAGUGUACUGACAGAUUUGUAGCGGCUGCCAUCCUCACUCUUCAUAUAGAACCGGACAAACUGUGCUUUAUUUACACCCGGUAAAAUGUCGUGGCUGUUCGGAUUGAACAAAGGACAGCCUGAGCCGCCUCCUGGCUUACCGGUUCAGCCUCCACCGCCUCCGCCGCCAGCCGGAGGCUCCGGCAACGGUGGAGAUAAACCCAAGGACAAAUGGAGCAACUUCGAUCCCACCGGGCUGGAGCGGGCUGCCCAGGCGGCUAAGGAGCUCGACAAGUCCCGACAUGCCAAAGAAGCUUUGGAUUUGGCUAGAAUGCAGGAGCAGAGCACUCAGUUGGAACAUCAGAGUAAAAUGAAGGAGUAUGAAGCAGCGGUCGAGCAGCUCAAAGGUGACCAGAUACGUAUCCAGGGUGAGGAGAGGAGGAAAACUCUAAAUGAGGAGACCAAGCAGCACCAAGCGAGAGCUCAGUAUCAGGAUAAGCUGGCCAGACAACGAUAUGAGGACCAACUGAGGCAACAGCAAAUCCUGAAUGAAGAGAACCUUCGCAAACAAGAGGAGUCUGUGCAGAAGCAAGAGGCAAUGAGGAAAGCAACAAUUGAGCAUGAGAUGGAGCUGAGACAUAAGAAUGAGCUUAUGCGUAUAGAGGCAGAGUCUAAAGCUCGAGCCCGUGUGGAGAGAGAGAACGCAGAUAUAAUCCGAGAGCAGAUUCGUCUGAAGGCUGCAGAACACAGACAGACUGUCCUGGAGUCUAUAAAGACUGCAGGUGCUGUGUUUGGGGAAGGAUUCAGGGCCUUCGUGUCAGACUGGGACAAAGUUACUGCCACAGUGGCAGGACUGACCCUUUUAGCGGUGGGAGUGUAUUCAGCCCGAAAUGCAACCGGGGUAGCUGGACGUUAUAUUGAGGCCAGACUUGGGAAGCCAUCUCUAGUGCGAGAGACGUCCCGAUUCACAGUGGGAGAAGCAGUCAAGCAUCCGAUCAAGACAGUCAAACGGCUAAGGAGUAAACCUCAGGAUGCCCUUGAGGGAGUUGUGCUCAGUCCUUCUUUGGAAGAGCGUGUGCGUGACAUUGCCAUAGCAACAAGAAACACAAGGCAGAACAACGGACUUUACAGGAACAUCCUCAUGUAUGGUCCUCCAGGAACAGGCAAAACACUGUUUGCAAAGAAGCUGGCGAUGCACUCUGCGAUGGACUAUGCCAUUAUGACAGGUGGUGAUGUAGCACCUAUGGGCCGUGAUGGUGUGACUGCCAUGCACAAAGUGUUUGACUGGGCCAACACGAGUCGACGCGGACUGCUGCUGUUUGUUGAUGAAGCUGAUGCAUUUCUCCGCAAGAGAGCCACUGAGAAGAUCAGCGAAGACCUCAGAGCCACUUUGAAUGCAUUCUUGUACCGCACUGGAGAGCAGAGCAACAAAUUUAUGUUGGUGUUGGCCAGUAACCAACCGGAGCAGUUCGAUUGGGCCAUAAAUGACCGAAUAGAUGAAAUAGUGAAUUUUGGUCUGCCAGGUCCUGAGGAGAGGGAACGCCUGGUCCGCUUGUACUUUGACAAAUAUGUGCUACAGCCAGCCACCGGAGGCAGGCAGAGGAUGAAGCUGGCACAGUUUGACUAUGGCAAGAAGUGCUCAGAGAUAGCAAAGCGGACAGAGGGUAUGUCGGGAAGAGAGAUCUCCAAGCUGGGUGUGGCCUGGCAGGCGGCAGCAUAUUCCUCUGAGGAUGGUGUUUUGACAGAGGCUAUGAUUGAUGCUCGGGUUGAUGAUGCUGUCAAACAACACAUUCAGAAGAUGGACUGGCUGCAUGGAGACGAGGAGGCUCAGGCAAGGAGUCUCACGCCCCCAACAGCCGGGGCAGCAGGCAUUGGAGGAAAAAUGGGGUUUUCUCUACCCCCCAGUGAAGCACCUCAGGCUCAGGAGGUGAUCACUCCGGUCCUUGAGGUGAAUGCAAAGCAAAAAAGUGAAACAAUACCACCUCCAACUGUCAGUGACCAACCAGCAGAGGGCAAAAGCGACAUCCCUCCUCAGGUUGAGGAGGUGAUUGCUUCGGCCCUUGAGGUGAAUGCAAAACAAAGUGACACAACACCACCUCCUUCUGUGAGUGACCAAUCGGCAAAUGACAAAAGUGACAUCCCAGUUGGACAGGACUGUGAAGAAGUUGUUAAAGCUGACGUUAAGAUGGCAGAGGAGGGUUUAAACCAACCUGAGGCCUCCACUGACAGUGUGAGCAAGAUGGAAAGAGAAGACAAGGCUGGUUCCUCUCCACCAAAGGAUGGAACUCCAGUUUGAGUUGUACGGAGGCUGUCUGGAUUAGAAGUUAUUAGUGUACUGCCCUCUUGACUAACUAGACUGUUGGACUGUCAUUUUGGCAGAAGAUUAGUUAACAGUUGGGAGAGAUAAACAAUUAACCUCUUAUAACACAAAUGAUGCCUGAAAGUCUGUCAUUUUAAUAUUUAAUGUAUACACUGUAAGGGAUGACUUUACAUAGAAACCAGAUGAUGUUUCUGUAAUUACACUAUAAAUGUUGUGCAAGGUGAAGUUCGUUUGCAGAGAUGAUUAAAUGGAUCAAUGUUUUCAUAAGAAGUAAAGAUUGUGACGUAAUUUUGCAAAUAAUUUGCAUGAUUAUAAUAUGGAAACACUCAGCUGUAUUGAAGAAAAGCUCUGAAAUCUUCUCA